GAGAACUCUGGAGGAACGUCUGAGCUGAGCAGCACCGAGGACAGCGCCUAACAGCACCCGCGCCCUGCACUUCCUCCAGCAGCUCAGAAUUGCUUCUUCUUUACACACAUACACACUCACAAAACACUCAGGCACCACACGCGCAUACACACUCUGAGGUUCUUUUUCACUCUGCUCUCUCCCUGACACACUCACAGAUACAUAUUCACACACGCAGACACAUACUCCGCUGUACAAUGGCAGAAUCCCACCUGCAAUCACCCCUGAUUACAGCCUCACAGUUUUUCGAGAUCUGGCUUCAUUUCGACGCUGACGGAAGUGGUUACCUGGAAGGAAAGGAGCUUCAGAACUUGAUUCAGGAGCUCCAGCAGGCACGAAAGAAGGCUGGAUUGGAGUUAUCACCCGAGAUGAAAACUUUUGUGGAUCAGUAUGGGCAAAGAGAUGAUGGAAAAAUUGGAAUUGUAGAGCUGGCUCAUGUAUUACCCACAGAAGAAAACUUCCUGCUGCUAUUCCGAUGCCAGCAGCUGAAAUCCUGUGAGGAAUUCAUGAAGACAUGGAGAAAAUAUGACACUGAUCACAGUGGCUUCAUAGAAACUGAGGAGCUUAAGAACUUUCUAAAGGACCUGCUGGAAAAAGCAAACAAGACUGUUGAUGAUACAAAAUUAGCUGAGUAUACAGAUCUAAUGCUAAAAUUGUUUGAUUCGAAUAAUGAUGGGAAGCUGGAAUUAACUGAGAUGGCCAGGUUACUACCAGUGCAAGAGAAUUUUCUUCUUAAAUUUCAGGGAGUCAAAAUGUGUGGGAAAGAGUUCAAUAAAGCUUUUGAGUUAUAUGAUCAGGAUGGCAAUGGAUACAUAGAUGAAAAUGAACUGGAUGCUUUACUGAAGGAUCUGUGUGAGAAGAAUAAACAGGAUUUGGAUAUUAAUAAUAUUCCAACAUACAAGAAAAGUAUAAUGGCUUUAUCAGAUGGAGGGAAGCUGUACCGAACAGAUCUUGCUCUUAUUCUCUCUGCUGGGGACAACUAAAUUUUAUGACCACAACCACUUCUAGUGAUACACUGUAUCUAAAAAAAUAACUGUGCACUGUAACGGAGUAGGCUGUAUUUUCUUUUGUAUCUGUAAAUUUAACUGCCUAUAGAUAAUAAUCCAAGAUAUGUGGCGCAUUCUUUUCAGCUUGUUUCUAUACUCUUUGUAAUGUACAGUUUUUGUAACCAUAUGACAGAAAAGAAGAAUGUCUACUCUUAGGCCAGUCGAUAUACCAAUUUAAAAAAAUAACCUAACAUAUUCUUGCUUCCAUAAAUAUAGUUGGACAAGAUUUCCCUAGAAAUUCCACCAGAAUUAAUCUCUAAAGUAGUCUCUGAUAUAUAAAUGCAUAUUUUUCACUGAAUAGAAGAAUUAUACAUAAGAAGCCAAACAUUCUUAUCUCAGACAACAAUCGUAGAUCUGCCCCUCAAAAUAGUUCUAAGCUGUAUUUCCAAUUAGAAGAAAUGUGCUUUUGCAUCUGAAAUACCAAAAUAUCAAUCAAUAGUUAAUUGUGGCUCUAUGAGGUUAACAGUCUCACUAGAUAAGAUUUAGUUAAUUAAUCAACAACACAUCUACCACUUGAAUUCAUACCAAUCUAUUGAUUCAAGUUGAUUUGAUAAGGAAAGGCUGCAUAGAGCAUUUGUAUUUUCAACUAGUCUACUGUCAAAGAGUAUGAUCAUAAUCCAUUUUCUAAACGUUUUCAUGUGUUGCAGAUUAUAAUUAUUCUAAUAAACUGCUGCUUUUGUGUCA